AUGGCCAUGAACGCGGCCACCAAGGCACAGAGGUCCGUGCAGAUGCCUGGCCGGGUAGUGCCCAAACGGCGACCAUCCCCGGAGCGCCUGCAUGUUAAGUCUAACCUUGAGGCCAAUCCACAGUACUUUGGGACAGCGAGUGAAGACGACGAGUCCGUUGAGCUCGUUGCGAGCCUUCAGCCGAAGGCGGCGCGUGCAAAGGCUUCCAAAACGGUACGAUGA